AUGAUAAGAGCAACACAAGCUCUCAAGCCCUCGACAGACCUCCGGGAAACAUACAUUACAAUUCCACCAGAAAUAUCAAAAAGCUUAACUUUUCGUGAAAGCUCACUUCAUAAUCAGAAAGAUCUUAAUACAUCCUUUUUAGGGUUUCCAAAUGUAUAUAUUAUUUCUCAACCAAUAGAUACAUUAACUCAUAACCUACUUACUUCAGGACAUUCAAAGAGUUCUGAAGUUUACACUUAUGGAAGAGAUGUUUUGGAUGCAAGAAGUUCCCUGCCUGAAACAGCUUCUUAUCUGGUGGCUCACGAAGCCUGGGAUCCAAUCAAAGACUCGCCAACGCAUACAGCAUCAGCAAAUGGUUCACCACCACCUGGAGACUUCGUUAAUUUAACCAGUUCUGUUUCCACGGCUUCAGAAGGUAGCGUUCCAACAUUUAGCCCCUAUUACUUAGAGAGACAAGGUUCAAUAAGUUCAGAGGUUUCUGUUUUACAAGAGGACGCUUCCAUAACUCGUACAGUGUCCUCUUCAAAAGUAAGAGCUCUUUUUGUGUCAAAUGAACUUCAUAAGAAGAAAAUAGAGUUAAGAGUGCCUCAUGAUGGGUCUCUUCCAGAAGCUAUAGGUACAAAGGAAUCGAAAAUUUCUCUUUACGAAGGAGUAACUCAUGUGGUUUCCGAAGACCCAUGGACAAAAGGCCUUCACAGUCAAGAAAAUAUUCUCAUGGACUCAAGAUACACACCUACAGAGGCUUCCUAUUUAAAACCGACCAAUGGAACGGUUCCUGGAGACGUACAAAGAGAAAUAACCAUGCCACUUGUUUCUGAAGGAUCUUCAGAGUCAAAAGCGUAUUUAGUUAAAGGCUUUCUUCCAAAUGUAGCGAGUGCAACCGAAUUUCUUCCAUCCAGCAUUAACGCGAAUACAGAAGACUUUGUUAGAGCUGCAACUUUGAAAGACCACAUACUUAUAGACAUUACGGUCAACUUAACAGGCGUGUCUUUAUACGUCGAUGAACACCAGGUAUACAGCUGUCUUAACAAGACAAUGAUAUGGGGUAAUGACCACGCUCGCCUUCACGCAGGUCUACACCUGAUUACAUUGCACCAGGUUACAGGUCAGGUCAUGGCAGCGUAUUCUUACAUGACCUGGCAACCCACAAGUGAUACUCAGUUCCUUGAAGCUGUUCGUGAAAUGCAAGACGGUCGCUUACUGGUUAUUGUUGGUGCACCUGAGUUCACAGUGUUCCUGGAGGAGGCGACUAUCACGAUCCUAAAGAAGAUGGGCGCCCUCUACAUCGACAGGCUGGCCUAUAAAGACGCGUGGUGCCUCUUGGUGCACAAGGGAGGCAGAGUGGUGCUUGAGGCUCUCACCACUUCUCUCCCAUUGCACAACCUCACGAAGUUCGAUGUGUCUCCCCUCACUCUUCAAGUCUCUGUACCUCGUGAGACAGAGCGGCGGUGUGGUUGGUACAGUGCUGCAGGAAUGCAGGAGAGGGCCACCUUCUGCGAAACUUACGAUGGCUACGGUGACUUCUGCACCUGUCAUGACCGACCUUGGUCGCCUCUCCCACAAACUCCCGUGGAGUACAGGAUGCAGGAAGUGAUUCCUGUUGCCAUAGUAACAGCUCGCCGGCUACCCCACGUCCUGCGUCAGGUGCGGCAGAUGUGGGCCAGCCCAGGCGGUACCAACACGCCCAUCACCAUCUUUGCUGAUGGUUACAACCCCGAGGCUCAAGCCCUGGCAGCCCUCCUCCAGGUGCCAGUGAUCCAUCACCAUAAUCCUUCACCCAAGGGAUCAUCCACCCGCGUUAAUUCUCACAUCAAGUUCGUCCUGCAGCAGGUGUUCCAACGGUACUCGCAGGCAGACAAAGUCAUCAUCCUCGAGGACGAUCUUGAACUCGCUCCAGACUUCAUCCCGUACUUCCAUCAAACAGCUCCACUACUCACGUCAGACCUAAAGUUGUUCUGCGUCAACGCUUACAACUACAACGCCUUCAAUCACACUGCCUUCGACCCCACGCGCCUCUACAGGGUGCAUGGAGCCCCUGCUUACGGCUGGAUGGUCAGGAAAACAGUGGCCAGAGAGAUGGUUAACAACUGGGUUACGGGCAAGGGAAUGGACUGGGACCUGUGGGUGCGACAGGUAGUAAUGGGUGAAAGAGACAUCCUGGUGCCUGAGGUCCCUCGCAGCAAGCACCGUGGUGGCGGCGGUGUUCACGUCACUGGCAUAGAACAACAGCAGUACUACGACCAACGUCCACUCAAUACUCUCCCAAAUGUCACAUUAGACGUCCACGGGGCAGAGUUGCACAACUACAUCAAGUUCCACUACAGUAACAUCCGUACUGGACACGUGGUACGCUUCAGCAAGCAUCCGUGUGAGGACCUAACCAUACCCCGCCACCAGAUGAACGAGAGUUAUGUGGUGUACAUUGACCAGAAAGACGAGCUAAGAUACUCCUCUCAGGCCUACUACGUUGUCGCCAGGUGUCUGGGUCUCGACGACCACAGGUUCCACGAGAACUUACACAUGAUGUAUACAGUUUCCUUCUAUGGUAACCAGCUCUACAUCGUCGGCUGUCCCAAUUCUCCUUUCUGCAUUACAAGGGAAGCAGGUAACAUCUACAGCGUGUCACUCAAGGAUGUGGAUUUCGCGGACAACCAUCCCUUCAGGAAAAUACCCACCAACGAGCAUGUGGCCCUCAGGAUGCCUCCCCUCUCCCUCUCAGAUGAGCUCAAUCUUACAAACCUAAUCCACUACACCAUUUAG